GGGAUAUCAAAGUCUUGAAGAAUAACUCAUUGAUCAAGCUCCAGCAAGGCUUAGAGUUGAUCGCGCAAACCGUGAAAACCCUUUUAAUUUGGAAAAACGUGCACGUUAUCCUUGAAAACGCAUUUCUUUUUAACUUUGGACGGACAAGCAGGGCAGCUGCAAUGUGGAUUCAAGUGCGCACAAUGGAUGGGAAGGAAACCCAUCGGGUGGAUUCCUUAUCUAAACUCACUAAGGUUGACGAACUGCGUGUCAAGAUCAUGGAGAUUUUCAAUGUGGAGCCAGAGAGGCAACGGCUGUUCUACCGUGGCAAGCAGAUGGAGGAUGGCCAUACCAUAUUCGACUACAAUGUGGGUCUUAAUGACAUAGUGCAGCUUCUUGUUAGGCAGAAGAUGCCCCCUAAAGAUAAUAAGGACAAAAACAAGGACAAAGAAGCUGAGCUGUCCGACUCUGAUUCUGGUUGUGGCUCAACCCAGAGUGAGUCUGACAAAAACUCAACUCAUGGAGAGGUGGAGGCUCAGACUGCUGGCACAUCUGCACAGACAAAUACACUAGAGCUGGUCGACCCAGGGUUUGGAUCUUACAAGAUUAAUGAGCUGGUGGAUGCAAGAGACUUGAACAUGGGCGCAUGGUUUGAGGCCCAGAUUGUGAACGUCACCAAGACACCAAAGACCCCAAGAGAGGAAGCAGCGGAGGCACAGUCAACAGAGGAAGAGAUACUAUACCAUGUUAAAUAUGAAGAUUACCCAGAGAAUGGGGUGAUUCAGUUGCUUGACAAAGAUGUUCGUCCACGGGCCCGUACGGUAUACCAGUGGCAUCAACUAGAGCCAGGAAUGAUUGUCAUGGUCAACUUCAACCCAGAUGACCCAAAGGAGCGAGGCUACUGGUAUGAUGCCGAGAUCCAGAGGAAGAGGGAGACGCGCACCCUGCGCGAGAUCUAUGCAAAGAUUAUUCUUGGCAAUGCUGGUGAUUCCCUUAAUGACUGUCGGAUCAUGUUCUUGACUGAAAUCUACAAAAUUGAGGAACCGGGUUCUUUGAAUGAUGCCCCAGCUGGAUCUGAGAGUCCGUUAAAAAGGUCAAAUGGACCUGAGUGCAAGCGUUGUAUGGAUGAUCCCAAAAAAACAUGUUGUUGGUGUAACUGCAAAAUCUGCGGCAUUAAACAGGACCCAGAUAAACAGCUACUGUGUGAUGAGUGUGACAUGGCCUAUCACACCUACUGCCUAAACCCUCCGCUCACCACAAUCCCCGAAGAUGAGGACUGGUAUUGCCCGAGUUGCCGUAAUGACGCAAGUGAGGUUGUGUUGGCGGGAGAGAAGCUGAAGAAGAGCAAGAAGAAAGAGAGGAUGGCUUCUGCUAGCUCCUCCAGCCAGAGGGACUGGGGCAAGGGCAUGGCCUGUGUUGGUCGGACCAAGCAGUGCACCAUUGUUCCAUCUAAUCAUUAUGGACCGAUUCCUGGUGUGCCUGUCGGGUCCUUGUGGAAGUUUAGAGUACAGGUGAGUGAGUCUGGUGUUCACAGGCCACAUGUAGCUGGGAUUCAUGGAAGGAGCAAUGAUGGUGCCUACUCUCUGGUCCUGGCAGGGGGCUAUGAGGAUGAUGUGGAUGAUGGUAAUGAGUUCACUUACACUGGCUCUGGAGGGCGAGAUUUGUCGGGAAAUAAGAGAACUGCUGAGCAGUCAUGUGAUCAGACACUGACCCACAUGAACCGGGCUCUGGCUCUGAACUGCAAUGUCCCUGUCAAUGCCAAAAAUGGAGCAGAGUCCAAGAACUGGAAAGAAGGCAAGCCAGUUAGAGUCGUGCGCAGCUGCAAAGGUCGCAAGCACAGCAAAUACUGUCCUGAAGAAGGAAACCGAUAUGAUGGUAUAUAUAAGGUGGCAAAGUACUGGCCAGACAAAGGAAAGUCGGGCUUCUUGGUUUGGAGGUAUUUGCUCAAACGUGAUGACGACGAGCCGGCACCAUGGACCAGAGAUGGCAAGGAACGCAUCAAGAAGCUUGGUCUCACAAUGCAGUAUCCUGCUGGAUAUCAGAAAGAAAAGGAAAAUAAAAAUGAAGUGGAGGAAGAAGCUGCAACUCCCAACAAGUCAAAGAGGAAGAGAAAGUCUCAGGGUAGCGAAUCCUCAAAGAGCUCACCGGCAGCAAAGACUCCGAAGAAAAUCAAAGUGGAAAUGUACAAGCUUUCUCAGCAGCAGAAAACCCUCAUUAAGGAUGAUGAGCAGAACAAGAAACUGUGGGAUGAAGCCAUGGAGUCACUGUCACUUGGACCGAAAUUCUUAAACAAAGUUGAAGAAGUCUUUCUGUGCAUUUGCUGCCAAGAAGUGGUCUUUCAGCCUAUCACCACAGAGUGCCAACACAAUGUCUGCCGGGAAUGCCUUCAGCGGUCCUUCAAGGCUGAGGUGUACACCUGCCCAGCAUGUAGGCAUGACCUGGGCAUUAACUACUCCAUGACAGUCAACAAAUCUCUCCAAGAAAUUCUAAAUCAGUUUUUCCCAGGGUAUAGCAAUGGACGAUGAUCAUUUGUUCUGCAUGUUUAACCCCUGAAGAAAUUGUCACGUAAACUGUAGGGGAAUUUUUCAGUCAAGGCAAUAAAGAAUCAGUUUGUCUUAAUAUAUUUUAUGAUUUUAUAAAACUACAUUGCAAUUUUACAAUUUUCACCUUUAAAUUUGCCAUGUUGUAUAGUUGUCAAUACAUUAUGCCGUUAAUGCCUUCAACCUUUUUUUUUUUUAAGGCUUUAUUUGUUUUAUUAAUUAAUACCAACAUUCAUGGUAUAUAAAAUUGUCAACUUUUCACUAAAUUCCACUAUGCUUAGCACUUACGUGAAUGUUAAGCCAGAUAUGAAGCAGUUUAGCCAGGGAUUUUUUUUUUUUUCUUUCUAUCAAAUUCUGGAAUAUUGAUCUCCCGUUACUUUGGAUGUGUUAAUGACCAUGUGUCAUCCCUGUUGGCCUCAGUCUUGCAGCUUUGUUAUGUAGCUUAUUUUGAAAAACCAUUAAGGCAAUGUUGUUCUGAAAGGUUCCAACUGUGAUUCUUUCUGCACCAGUAUGACAAGUGAACAAACAAGUAGAAGAAUGUUUUCUUCUCAAAAUGGAUCCGAUCUCAUACAAGCAGAAACUGAAGUUUUUUAAUUCUGUUUUUCAGCAGUUUGAGGAUGUGUCAUUGAAUUUGGUUUGAUGUAUGGUGUGUUGAGCCGCUAAACAUUUUCAUAUACAAAAUUACUAUAUCAGUCAGUUUACAGUUUAAAUGAGUUUGGUGCAGCACGAGACAUGUUGGGAUCUUAAAUUCAUUUUUAGCACAGAUUUGGAUUCCAUGUUUUGUUUUUAUAAGGUUCAUUGAGUCCAAAGAAGUGUCUGUGCUUAACCAAGAAUGAUGUAAAAUGUUUGUCUAUCUAGCUCUUUUAGACGUUCUUCACAUUUAAAUCCUAACUGAGUCUAGAAACUGUUUUUAAAUAAAAUUUAAAUGUAUACUUCAUGUCUUUAUAAUCUACUACUGCCAUCCGUGAGGGUCCUCCAGUCAGAUUUUCUUAUCGUUAUUUCUUACCUGACUCAUCUGUAAACAAAGAAACUGUGGAAACAUUUCCCCCACACUCUGAAACCCUGAAAUCUUUUUUUUGUGUGUUAACCAAGUCAUCCAAAUUAACCCACCAGUUUUGCUGUUUUUUGUUUGGUUGGAGUUGUUGUAACAGCAGUUUUCACAUGCAGCAAUUUUCUAGAUUUUUCCAUAGACUGCAAAAUGUGUAUAUUUUCUAAAAUUGUAUAAUUUUUAGUUGUUUGUAGUUUUGAUAAGUAGCUUUAGAAAUGCCUGCAGAUUGCUGCAAAAAGAAUUGUCAAUAUGUUUUCAGUGUUAUUCAAUAAAAAGUUUAAAACUUC